AUGGACAACAUCGACGAGGAAUAUGACCGGCUUGUUAAACACCUUCACGUCUGCGCGAAGAAGGCUGAGAGUUUCAAAACCUCCAGAAGACGCCUGUCUCUUGAAACUGUUCAGCUGAUACACCAGCUUGGAGCAGCACGAGCCGUAGGAGGUUCUCCCGUCCGAAAUACGACAUGCUAUCAUGUCGGUAAGAAACCCGGUCCCGACAGAAUAAGACUAGAAUACCUGAAGAACCUUCCGCCAGUACUCAUUAACACCCUGGCGAAGCUCUUUACACGUUACCUGUCGGAAUGCAAGGUUCCUAAACAGUGGAAGACCAGCAAGACCGUGUUGUUGUAUAAAAAGGGAGAUCCACAUAAAAUCGGCAACUAUCGUCCCAUCUGCUUACUAUCCGUCAUCUACAAGCUCUUUACAAGAGUGAUCUUUAAUCGGAUUAAAAAAGUCUUGGAUGAAGGACAGCUAUGCGAGCAAGCAGGGUUUCGAAAAGGAUUCAGCACGAUUGACCACAUUCACACUGUUUCAAAACUCAUCGAGGUAUCACGAGAGUACAAGAUGCCGCUCUGUCUCACUUUCAUCGACUUGAAGAACUCAGUUGGGAUGGAAGCGGUCGUGGAAGCCUUGGACAACCAAGACGUCCCUACUCAGUACUAG